UUAAACGCUUUUGAUACCGUCAUAUGUCAUUUUUGGCAGAACACGAUACCGCCAUUAGACGUGAGAUGCUUGCAUUUAAUAUACUUUCGAUGAAGUAAAAAACAAACAAAAACUUUGGGAUUCAAUUAACAAAUUAUUUUUAAGAUUUGUUAGACAUUUAUCGUUGUUGUUGUGACUGGGGGGAUUAAUGACUGAAUGCUGGAAACCAUGUGUUAUCAUAUGGGCCACACUGCUCGUCCAUGUCACAGGACACAGACCUGUCAUUAUUGUUCACGGGAUAUUAGAUGGACCCAAACAGUUCGAGAUUUUGGCCCAAUUUAUCAGUCAGUCUCAUCCUGGCACCAGCGUGACCACAAUAGACCUGUAUAACUACAUUGCCAGUAUAAAGCCUCUGUGGCAACAGGUGGAUGGCUUCAGAAACACCAUCAGACCCAUCAUGGAGAAUGCUGAAGAUGGUGUCCAUCUCAUCUGCUUCUCACAAGGUGGCUUGAUAUGUCGGGGAGUUCUUGCUACGCUUCCAAAGCACAAUGUUCAUUCUCUGAUAUUCCUGGCUUCACCACUAGCUGGCCAGUAUGGAGAUACAUAUUAUUUGAGGUAUUUUUUACCAACAGUCAUCAAGUCAAAUAUAUACCAUUUUUGUUAUACCGCAAAUGGACAAAAGAUAUCGAUCUGCAACUACUGGAACGAUCCACACCAAAGAGAGAGGUACCUGAAGAGCAGCAACUAUCUUGCCCCACUGAAUGGUGAAAUAGAGCAUGCCAAUUUAACUGCGUGGCGAGACAGCUUCCUGCGCAUAAAGAAGCUGGUGCUGAUAGGUGGACGGGACGAUGGUGUUAUUACACCAUGGGAAUCAAGUAUCUUUGGAUUUUAUGACAGUAAUGAAAAUGUGAUUGAGAUGGAAAAACAGGAUUGGUAUCUAAGAGAUGCUUUUGGCCUGAAAACAUUGGACUCAAAAGGAGCUGUGGUCAAAUGUCUCAUCCCUGGUGUGUCCCAUACAUCUUGGCAUUCAAACCUCACAGUCUACCAGAAUUGCAUAGACAAGUGGCUCACCUAAUCCAGAACAGAAGACAGAAAAAACACAAUCCACUAUUUUCAGCCUGUCCUGAUUCACAAACAUACUUGUAUUUAAUCACAAGAAUAGUUUGGCUUGUGUAGAAUAUGAUUGAUCUGUUAUUAUUAAUCACUUUUUAGUAUGAUGAUCUUUUUGCAAACAGAAUGUGAUUAUUUAUUAUCUACAGUAUAAAUUAUUUUCUGAGAGCUACACUGGCGGCCAAAAAUUUGGAAUAAUGCACAGAUUUUGUACAGAAAGUAACUGGUACUUUUAUUCACCAAAGUGGCAUUCAACUGAUCACAAUGUAUAGUCAGGACAUUAAUCAUGCGAAAAAUUACUAUUACAAUUAGAUUUUUUUUAAACUACUUCAAAGUGUUUCUCAUAAAAUAAUUAUCCACGUGCAGCAAUGACAGCUUUGCAGAUCCUUGGCAUUCUUGCUGUCAGAUUGUCCAGAUACUCACGUGACCUUUCACCCCACACUUCCUGUAGCACUUUCCAUAGAUGUAGCUGUCUUGUCAGGCACUUCUCAUGCACCUUACAGUCUAGCUGAUCCAACAAAAGCUAAAUGGGGUUAAGAUCCAUAACACUCUCUUCUUAUUUGUUGUUCAGUGUCUGUAUUUCUUUGCCCACUCUAACCUUUUUUUUUUCGUUUUGUUUUUCUGUUCCAAAAGUGGCGUUUUCUUUGUAAUUCAUCCCGUAAAGCCCACACCCCUGAGUCUUCUCUUUUCUGUUGUACAUGAAACUGGUGUUGAGCGGGUAGAAUUCAAUGAAGCUGUCAGCGGAGGACAUGUGAGAUGUCUAUUUCUCAAACUAGGGACUCUGAUGUACUUAUCCUCUUGUUUAGUUGUACAUCUGGCCUUCCACAUCUAUUUCUAUCCUUGUUAGAGCCAGUUUUGUGAUCAGUUAAAUGCCACUUUGGUGAAUUAAAGUACCAAUUUCCUUCCGAAACAGCAAAAGCUGUACAUUAUUCCAAACUUUUGGCCACCAAGGUAGAUAUGUAACAGUAGUACUCUAAAAUAAUGCUCUUAUAAUAGCAGCACAAAUGGAGAUCAUAUUGGACCUGGCUUAUAUAUUGUA